AUGUCACAACAACAGAUUAAUGCGCCUUAUCAGAAGCCUUCAAGUCCAGUAGCUACAGCCAAACCUCCUAUACCUCAGGUAGUACGUAAACCUGUUGGUAGAAAGCCUGUGGUGUCGGCUGAGAAGUCUACUCAGCAAUCUUCCUUUCUUCCGUGGCAGCAACCGCAAUCUCCAUCAGGAGCAAAGUCUCCUCCAAUACCAAUGCAGGCACAAGCUGGUACGACACAGUCUUGGCCGAGCAAGCCGCAAACUCCAACAAGCACGACGCAGUCUACGCCAGGGAAGCAAGGUGCAAGUGGCCCAGUGCCAUAUCUAUCAAGCAAGGCUCCGGCUUUCUCUACUGGGACAUCACAGCCUGCACUUACCAAGGAUCAAGUUCAUACUGCGACAGCGCAAGCUCCACCAGUAAAGCCUCAAGCUCAAGGUGGUAUGCCUCCCCGAAAACCUCAAGCGGCUCCUGAGGUCGUACAGCCCCAGAUGACCAAACCCCAAAGCCAGACUCAGACUCACCCACCGAGUGGAAAGACAGCUUCCGUAUCAUCCAAGACUCACGCUCCCCCUGGAGCAACACAACCUCAAGUUGCCAAACCUCGGGUGCAGCCUCAGGCUCAAGCCGGCAAGCCAGCAUCGGUACCACCCAAGUCUCAAACACCAACUGGCGCAGUACAACCCCAAAUAGCCAAGCCUCAGGUACAAAAUGGAAAGGCAGAGGCUCAAGCACACAAGAUGCAGGGUCCCCCAGGAACCUCUCAGAUUCCAUCAGGGAAGCCUCAGGGCCAGGGAGGUUUGCCUUCACAGAAACCUCAAGUACCUACUUCGAAAGUCCAAAGCCAACCAGUAAAUCCUUCAGUUCAAAGUGAUACAUCUUCGCAGAAGCAGCCUGCUGUCCCUAAGCCUUCUCUGGUAGCCCCUGCAAAACCUUCCGCUACCCCUACCCAGACUCAAAAGAUAACUCCCGAUCAGAUAAAGCCUAUCCCAUCAUAUACUGAAUCAGGCCCUGGAAGUGCCAAGUCUCCCAUGAGCAUUCCAGUACAAGGAAGUUCUGGUCAGAAACCCUAUCAGUACGUCGACGAAAACUCCACGAUAUCUUCAGUGCCUCAUUAUCCUGAACCCUUCUAUCGGGGGCAAUACGGCGAACAGACGCAAACCUCAACUUUUACGUCAAACAGAGAAUUGCCAAACAGCUACGGCCCAAAUACACAACAGACGGGUACGAGGAGUAUGUCCAGUGGCAAGAUGGCUGCAGCUGUCGGCGUUGGUAUCUUGGCUGGAGCUGCUGGUGGUUAUUUCCUGUCUUUCGAGAUUCGUGAAGAUCACCCUAAUACAAUUAUCACUAAUUAUAACAGCUAUAUCCACAUGGAUGCAGGUAUGAGCCAGCAAGAUGCAUGUGACUCGGAUGAGGAGUUGGAAACACGCGUGGAGUUUUCAGAUCAUUCUGAAGAGUUUUCCGAGUCCGAAAACGAGGCCAACUCUAUCAACGACAAUGGCUCCGAUGGUUUUGUGUCCGACGAAGAGUAUGAGCUUUCGGACUCUGAGGUUUCUGUAGGUCAAGCUUCAUCCGAUGAUGAGAUCUCGGAGUGGGGAGAGUCAGACGCAGAAUCGAUUCACGAAGACUCUGACUCUGAUGAACUUGAUCUGGAUAGCCCAUACAUGUCCGCCGACUUUACAGAUAGUGAAGCUUCAGAAGCCGAGGAUCUUGGUGCUCGCGACUUGCAAGCUGAGUCGUAUAGCGACCUCGACACAGACCCAGGCCAAGCUAGUGCUGAAGACUCCGAAUCCGACGAGAAUGGGUCUGUUAACAAUGAAUCUGAGGAUGAUCUCGACGAAUCGGUUCAGUCUAUGGAAUUUCAGCAACAGAAUUACAUGGACCAGCAGUAGCAACAACAGCAACAGGGCUACUAUGGCGGGCAUCCGCAGAAUCAAGCGCCUGAACAAAGCGAGUCUGAAGAAGAGCCCUAUCGACAACAGUAUCAGCAGCAGGGUUACCACAGUGGGCAGCAUCAACAGCAAGCAACUCCACAAUGCGAUUCUGAAGAUGAAGAAGGGCACCAUGUUACAUAAGGAUCCGUUAAUUAUGAUAGCGACCAAGAGGUUGAGGGUGGGCAAGAAGUGAAUAAUGGCUAUAGCAGCGAUGAGCAGGAUCAGCAGGCUACGGACGGACAAUACAGUGGAGGAGGCUGGGGCAACAACUAUGAUUCUGAUUAUUAGUAGGACCAAAUAUUACAAUUGUUGGCUGUUAUCGGUUGGAAGUAAUUGGAGUUGAACGGUUCGGUCA